UUCAGGCAGAAACUUGGAAUUUCGUUUCAACUCCUGCUCCUGCUCCACACAGGUCGCUGCAUCCUGUAAGCAGCCGGAAAAAGCUGUGAGGUUGUUGAUUGGGUAACAGGAAAAGAGAAUUGAGCCUGCUGGCGGCGAAUACUUGCCUGCCGCGACGGACGGAUUGACAGACUUGAUUGAGUCAGGUGAUCUCGCUGAUUGAGUCAGGAAAGAGGAUUGGGCCGCUGAUUCGCUGAUUGCAGCCCCGCCCAACAGACGGACGAUAUUGGCUGCUGAGUGCAGAACAGAUGACCGCUGUGGGUGUAUCGAGUUCUUCACUGCGGCGGGUGAUGUUUGUGCUCAUCGAUGGUGGAUGCCGACAUGUGUACUGGUCCCCAUGACUGAAGAAGGAAGACAGCAGACGCCAUAAGGAGGCAAAAGGUGAGCGAGAAAAGAGAGGUUCCCAUCGAUGGUGGACGGCGACUGGUAAUGAAAGACUUCGCGAUCAGUGGAACUGAAGAAGGAAGCCAGCAGACGCUGUGAGGACCCAAAAGGCCAGCAAGAAAAGAUAGCGGGAUUUAAGGGAGGAGUGAGGGAGGGAGGGAGGAAGAGAAGUUUGGAAAAAGGAAGGCAACGAAGAGAACAGGGGACGAGAAGAUUGGAAGGAGGAAAGGAACGAGGACAAGGGGGGCAGAGAAAGGACGGCAGCAACCGGGACACGGCAUCAUGAAAGAGAAGGGAGGAAGAAAGGAAGGUAGGUAGGUAGGGAGAGAGGGAGGGAGGGAGGGAGGAAGGGAGGGAGGAAGGAGGGAAAUAAACGACGAGAAGGGGAGCAGAGAAAGGACGAUAUCAACAAAUACCCGUCAUCGAGGAGAAGGAAGGGAGGAAGAAAGGAAGGUAAGUAGGUCUGUAGGGAGAGAGGGAGGGAGGGAGGGAGGGAGGGAGGGAGGGAGGGAGGACGAUAGCAACGAGUACCCGCCCAUUGAGGAGAAGGAAAGGAGGAAGAACGGAAGGAAAUAAGCGGAAAGACGGGAAAAAAAGGAGAGGGAGGGAGGGACGGACUGUGAUAAGCCAAGGAAGUUGACGAUAUGGAGUUCUUCGCAGUGGGGGGAAUUCAUCCUCCCCCUUGCCUGAAAGGAACUACUUUGAUCCUUCCUGUAGUGUCAGUUGGAAACGUGGGUCAAUUGGCGAUUGACCUUUUGAUUGCUACAGCAGAUGUUCGUCGCGUAGGCUAUCUUGACGAGCCGAACGUGCUCCCUUGUGUGGGGAACGAUGCGUUUGGAGAAGUGCCUGAAGGGAAUCUGACCUUGGGGCUGGAAGUCUAUCAAGAUGUAAAAUCGGAGUUUACCGUUGUGCAACAGCGAGGGCCAACAGUAAAGGGAACGUUCAGCAAAUUCAGUGACAACUUGGUGUCAUGGAUUGCGGAGACUGGAUUUGUGGAGGUGGUGAUUCUCUCAGGGUUCGAUCCAGGGAAGCAUCUAGCGUCUCGAGUGUUUGGGAGAGAGGUUCAUUACCUUUCCUCUUUAGGAAACGAGGGCAUAGACCAGCGGUGUGAGGCACAGGGUUGGACACCGUUGGAUCUUGGGGCAUCUCUAGAUCCAUCGCUGCCUGGACCAGAGUCACGCAGAGCUCCUGGCCGCCUCUAUGGGGUUGAUGAAGAACUUGAGGGGGUGGAGGAAGGCAUCAGUGGAAGUGCACAUGGUUUAAAUAGUGAGCAAGGAGGAGGAGGAGGAGGAGGAGAAGUAGGAGUAGGAGGAGGAGUAGGAGGAAGAGUGGGAGGGGGAGGAGGAGGAGGAGGGGGAGAAAUGAGAGGAGGGUCCUCAUGGGGAUUGGAUGAUGGGUUUAAGAGAUCGAAGUUCUGGAGGAUGUUUCAGAAACUGAAGGAGAAGCAGAUCCAGACACUUGUCAUUGUGAUGUUUUGCUCUCAAGGAGAUAAUGUAGAAGAUGGCAUGAUUAUGGCUAAUUGUGUUGACAAAGCGAUCUUUCCUGUUAUGGAAAAGAAGACGCUUUUGCAUGCUGGAGACGACCAGGGGGGGGCUGGGAGAUCUGGGGGCUAUACUGACGGAAGUAGUGACACAGGCAUUCAUCUAGAAAUGAGAUGGAAGAUUCCGAUUUCUUGGACCUCUUUGUAUGGGCCUUCUCCAGAUUUUACCUUGUUCUAAGAAAAGAGGUCCAAGAAAUCGGAAUCUUCCUCUUUGUAUGGGCCUUCUCCAGAUAAGAGACUAGAUUUAGGUAGGUAGGGCCAUCAAUCAGAUCACCGUAGGGUAGGUAAGGAGGAGCAAGGGUUAGAACGGGGAGGUUCUUGCUACGCGCUUGGUAACAGAG